AUGAGCAAUAUGAAGCAAGAGGGCAUCUUGAAGAGCCUUCGAGCCCUCCAACAAAGCCUCGAAGCUCUUGGGGUUGAGCACAACAAUGUGGGCGCGAAAAUCGAAAGCAGCCUGAAAGGGGCCAGUAAAGAUGAAGCACCAUUGCUCCGAGAAAGGCUUCGCCAAGUUACAGAAAGCGUGAACAGUAUAUCUGACAGCAUUGAGGAUAUCAUGGGAUAUUCUCAAGUAUUCCAGGCUCAACGACGCCGCCUUCGUGAAGAAAAUGAUUGGCUGCGCAAUGAGCUGAGUUCGACCCAAAGCAAGCUUCAGGAUUCUGAACAGCGUGUGGCAACCUUGGAAGAAGAAAACGAACAUCUCAAAUUUAUAAAUUCCAUCAAACAUUUCGAUGACGAUAUUCAGAGCGACGUCAAAUGCGCACCUUCCGAAGCCAGUGAACCUUUUACGAACGGCACCCAUCAAGACCUUGGCUUUGGACCUGGAGACGAGGAGGAUCUGCAUUCUAGUUACUUUGCUCAGCCCACACCUCAUUCGAUGGUAGCUUCAGCUUCUGUGGGCUCCGAGACUCCAGCACGGCUUCGCACAUUGCACAAUCUGGUAAUCCAGUAUGCGUCAGAAGGUCGUUAUGAAGUCGCCGUUCCACUCUGCAAGCAGGCUCUCAAAGACCUCGAAAAAGCCAAUGGUCAUGACCAUCCGGAUGUCGCUACGAUGCUAAACAUUCUCGCACUUGUUUACAGAGACCAGAACAAGUACAAAGAAGCUGCUAAUCUGUUGAAUGACGCUCUAGCAAUCAGGGAAAAAUGUCUUGGAGAGAACCACCCUGCAGUUGCAGCUACACUUAACAAUUUGGCGGUCCUUUACGGAAAGCGUGGAAAGUUUAAGGACGCCGAGCCCCUGUGCAAGCGUGCUCUUGGGAUUAGGGAAAAGGUGCUCGGUCAGAAUAAUCCUGAUGUAGCCAAGCAGCUGAAUAAUCUGGCUCUUCUGUGCCAAAAUCAAGGUAAAUAUGAGGAAGCCGAGCAGUACUACAAGCGUGCACUGGGAAUCUACGAAAACAAGUUGGGACCUGAUGAUCCGAAUGUCGAAAAGACCAAAAUUAAUCUUGCCUCUGCGUAUCUGAAACAGGGCAAAUAUAAGGAAGCGGAAGAGCUGUACAAGCAGAUUCUGACUCGAGCACACGAACGCGAAUUCGGCAAGGUCGGGGAGGACAACAAACCAAUUUGGCAGAUUGCUGAAGAGCGUGAGGAAAUCAAGCAGAAGGGAGGAGCUGAUACCGGCCCAAUCGCCUACCACGAUCACGACGGUUGGCACAAGGCUGCCAAGGUUGACAGCAAUUCAACGGUGACGACAGCGCUUAAGAAUCUGGGUGCUCUUUAUCGAUGUCAAGGAAAAUAUGAAGCCGCCGAGACAUUGGAAUAUGUUGCUUUGGGAGCUAAGAAGCAGGUAAGUUUGUCUGGAAGCAGAAAUACACCACUUUGA